AUGGGAGUCACUCUACUCAUCGACAAUUAUGACUCAUUCACCUGGAAUGUUUAUGCGGACAUAGCAGUUUUAGGGGGCAAUCCUGUAGUAGUGAGAAAUGAUAAGAUCACAUUAGAUCAGAUCGAGGAAAUGUUCAACUCCGGUGAAUUGGAACGAAUAGUGAUUUCUCCUGGACCAGGACAUCCUCGUACGGAUAGUGGUAUUUCAAGAGAUGCUAUCAAAUGGGGUAUAGGUAAAUUACCUAUUUUAGGUGUAUGUAUGGGAUUAGAAUGUAUCGUUGAUUUGUUAGGUGGCGAUAUCGCAUAUGCUGGUGAACUCAAACAUGGUAAAACAUCAUUAGUCGAACAUGAUUCAAUUGGUAUCUUCCAUGAUCUACCACCUUUACUAUCAUCCGUCCGAUAUCAUUCGUUAUCAGCACAAGUGAAAAGUAUACCUCCUAUAUUGCAAGUCAGUUCGACAACUCAUGAAUCUGGUGUUAUAAUGGGUGUUAGACAUAGGGAAGCAACUGUUGAAGCUGUACAAUAUCAUCCUGAAAGUUGUGUCUCAGUAGGUGGUAAAGGUUUAAUGGCAAAUUUCUUGAAAUUAAAAGGCGGUAAAUGGGGUGGUGAAAAUGCUUGGUGUGGUGUUCAACCUUCAUCUUCAUCUUCAUCAACAUCAUCUUCAUCGCAACAAGAUGGAAAAGUUAUCUCACUAGAAAAAGGGAAAGGACAUGAUGAACUGCCUAAAACCAAUGGUCACACAGAACCAACUUCUUCAACCACAUCGUUACCUACUAUCUUGAACAAAAUACACGCACAAAGAUUACUCGACGUAGAAGCUUCGUCUUCGACAUUAGCAACUACACCUGACAGUAUCAAAAAAUCCUUAUCCCUGCACACAUGUCCCCCAUUAAUAUCAUUUGUGGAUAGAAUCAAUUCAACGCCUCAUACUGCUAUUAUGGCUGAAAUCAAAAGAGCUUCACCAUCAAAAGGCGAUAUAGCUCCUACGGCCUCCGCGCCUACUCAAGCUUUGAAAUAUGCUUUAGCUGGAGCUUCAGUCAUAUCAGUUUUGACUGAACCUCAAUGGUUCAAAGGAUCUUUAGUCGAUAUGUUAGCAGUUAGAAACGCCGUUGACUCGUUACCAAAUCGACCCGCAAUAUUGAGGAAGGAUUUCAUUUUAUCAAAAUAUAUGAUCGAUGAAGCAAGAUUAUAUGGUGCCGAUACAGUCUUACUUAUCGUGGCAAUGCUUGAACCUCAACAAUUGAAAGAAUUAUACGACUAUUCGGUAUCGAUAGGAAUGGAACCUUUAGUUGAAGUGAAUAAUCCAGAUGAACUAUCACUUGCACUAGAAAUCGGAUCAAAAGUGAUUGGUGUAAAUAAUAGGAAUCUGCAUGAUUUCAACGUUGACAUGUCAACUACAUCAAGAGUCAACGCAGCUUUGAAUGGAAGACAAGUCAUUCUGUGUGCUUUAAGUGGUAUCUCAACGCCUGAAGAUGUAGAUAAAUACGUUCAAGAAGGUGUUAGAGCUGUCCUGGUUGGUGAAGCGCUUAUGAGAGCUAAAGAUACAACCGGAUUCUUGAGAUCUCUCAUACAAUUACCAAAACCUGAAAUUCAACAAUUGGAUAAACCAUUAGUCAAGAUAUGUGGUAUAAGAUCGGUUGAAGAUGCUGAAAUCGCAAUAGAAGCUGGAGCGGAUCUAUUAGGUGUCAUCUUGGUCGCAAAAGCUAAGCGAAGAAUCUCAUAUGAUAUCGCAAGGGAUAUUUCAUCCUUAGUCAGACAAGCGAGAUCUAAAUCAAGUCGAAAACCAAUGAAUCAAUCCUCUUCAUCGACUAUACCUUGGUUCACGCACCAUACAAACCAAUUGUCAUCACGUAAGAAACCAUUAUUAGUAGGUGUAUUCCAGAAUCAACCGUUAGAUGAAAUAUUAGAAGCUGUAGAAGAGAUUGGUCUUGACAUAGUACAAUUGCAUGGUGAUGAACCUCAAGGAUGGAGUAAAUUCAUUCCUGUGCCUGUCAUCAAAGUAUUUAGGGUAUCACCAAAUAGUCAGAUUCGAGGAGGUGAAAUAACAAGACCAGGUGAAAAUCAAUUUAUCUUGUUGGACGCAGGAAGUGAAAGUGGUGGUAAUGGCGGAGGAGAGGGUAAAUCAUUCCCAUGGAACCAUGCUAAAGAGAUAAUAGAAAAAGGUGAAGUUGGUUCUGGAGGUGAAGGUGGAUUUGAAUUACCAGUUAUAUUAGCUGGUGGUUUGACACCUCAAAACGUUGAUAAAGCAAUUCAACAAGCUGGAAAAGGUGUAAGAGUUGUCGAUGUCAGUUCAGGUAUAGAAAACGAUAAUGGAAUAGGGAAAGAUCAAUCAAAAGUUGAAGCUUUCAUCAAAGCUGUUAGAGGGUGA